UCCACUUGCGAGUUCUUGGAGCGACACGCACGCACGUUGCGCCGGCUAUGGACGACGAGCUGCUCUCCCCGUGCUCCUCCUUCUUCCCAGUCUCGCCGCCGUCCGGCCAGUACGAGCACCACCACCACCAGUUUAUUGAGUUCACUUCCUGCGAGGUCCCCGAGCAAUGGUUGCUCGGCGACGUCGUCGUGCCGGCAAAGAGCGAGGACACGGGGGAUCUGUGGCCCGCGGGGUCCCUGCUGUCCCCGGACUCCGAGCUCUCGGAGCUCCCCGCGGCGAGCCUCCCUGGCUCCACGGAGUCGACGCCGCGGCCGGCGGCCAAGCGGCGUGGGAGGAAGCCCGGGCCACGCCCCGAGGGCCCCACUGUCAGCCACGUUGAGGCCGAGCGGCAGCGCCGCGACAAACUGAACCGCCGGUUCUGCGACCUGCGCGCUGCAGUCCCCACCGUGUCCCGCAUGGACAAGGCCUCCCUCCUCGCCGACGCCGCCGCAUACAUCGCCGAGCUGCGCGCCCGUGUGGCCCGGCUCGAGGACGAGAGCAAGCAGGCGGCCGCCGCGAGGUGGGACACUAACUCGGCCUCCCUUGGCGGUGGCGGCGCCUCCAUCCAGAACUUUCUAGCAGGUGACGAGACAGUGGAGGUGCGGAUGGUGGGGCGAGACGCCGCCGCAGUGCGCGUGGCCACGGCCGCGGGGUCCGCCCCGCACGCGCCGGCGCGGCUGAUGAGCGCGCUCCGGUCGCUGGAGCUGCAGGUGCAGCACGCGUGCGUGAGCCGCGUGCAGGGCGCGACGGUGCAGGACGUCGUCGUGGACGUGCCAGCCGCGCUGCAGCACAACGACGGCGCCGCCCUCCGCUCCGCACUACUCCAGCGGCUACGCGACAGCGCCUAGCUAUAGAGCCUAGAGCUCCCCUACGUUAUCUCGUGAGCAUCACGACUCACGAGACAACUCCCGCGUACGGCCGAUGCCAUGCAUGGUAAAUCUGACGCCUUUGCUUCGUGUCUCCAUGGAAUAAAUCAGAGCAACUGAUUCAACAUCACUUCGUUCCAAGAUCUAUAUUGUAAACAGUGACCAGUGAAGGCUUGUUUGGAUCUAUACGUACGGAUUGGGUAUAUGUACGCACGUGUGUUGCUAGUGUUAUAUGCUUGUUAUACUGUUGAUUUAUUUUUUUUCAUUUUGAAUGGAGAGUGCUUGUUAUACUA